AUGGUGACGGCCGGCGCUUUUAGCUGCGUCUUCUGCAGCUUUGGCUGGAUCAACUGUGAGUAUAGACAUACUUGUAAUGAAGAGAAAGCUAACAGGAGACCAGGUAUCGGCAUCUUCCAAGACUACUACCAGUCCCACCAACUACAGUCCUACUCUUCGAGCACAAUUGCGUGGAUUGCUUCGCUUGAACUCUUCAUCAUGUUUGCAGGUAGUCCCAUCGUCGGUCGGUUCUACGAUAACUACGGCCCUCGCUACAUCAUCCUGACGGGCACUUUCUUCCACGUCUUCGGACUCCUGAUGACAUCCCUGUGCAAAGGAUACUACCAAAUCCUGCUCGCGCAGGGCGUCUGCUCCGCCAUCGGGACGAGCUGCCUCUUCUCGCCCGCCACAAACUGCGUGCUUACUUGGUUCCACAAGAAACGCGCAUUUGCCAUUGGCAUCGUUGCUGGCGGCUCGAGUCUCGGCGGGGUCAUUUUCCCCAUCAUGCUGAACCAUCUGAUCCGGCAAGUCGGGUUCGGAUGGGCGAUUCGCAUCGCUGCGUUCAUGAUUCUCGGCAUGCUGAUUUUUGGCAACUUGACUCUGUCUUCGCGACUACCUCCGAGCCCGAAGGAGCUGAAACUGGUGCAAUACUUCGCCCCGCUGAAAGAAAAAACCUAUCUGUCGACAACAGUGGGCUCUUUCCUCUUCUAUUUGGGAAUGUUCCUGCCCAUCAACUACAUCCAGUACCAAGCCACGUCUUACGGCAUGUCCGAGAGCCUCGCGGAGUACCUCAUCCCGAUUCUCAAUGCGACCAGCCUGUUCGGCCGGAUCCUGCCUGGCUGGAUAGGUGACAAGGUGGGCCGCUACAACACGCAGAUUGCGACAUGUCUGUUCUCGGGAAUUAUCGCUUUGGCGCUCUGGAUUCCGGCGAAACACACUGCGCCGCUGAUCGUCUUUGCGGCGCUGUAUGGUUUUGGAUCAGGGGCUUUCGUGUCACUGCUUCCUGCGAUGAUCGCCCAGAUCUCAGAUGUUCGCGAGAUUGGGCUAAGAGUGGGGUUGGAGUUCGCGGUUAUGUCUGUUGCGGCGCUCGUCAGCAAUCUAAUCGGAGGCGCGCUGAUUCAGCACGAUCAUGGCUCGUUUCGCGACCUGCAGAUCUUCUGCGGGGUUGUACUUCUCGCGGGCAGUGUUGGGUUCAUCAUGGCGAGGCUGUCGCUAAACAGGAAGCUUUUGGCGAUGGUGUGAAUACGG